UAAAAGAACUUAUUAUCUUGAGUUCAGUUCAGCGCCCAGAUCUUUUAUAUCCGUUUCUGUACAAAAUGCCAAAUCUAGAAAAGUUAAAAUUGACUGGCAGUUAUUUUGAAUGGUUAAAGCCAGACAUUGGGAAACAAGACAGAUUGGGAGUCGUAUUACAGUUGAAGCAAUUGUCUAUUCGUUCUUCAAAUAUAAACGAUCUAGGAUUUGAUCGAGACCAAGUUCUACAGAGACUGGAGCUUUUGAGCUUAAAAGGUUGCUACAAUUUGAACACUUUAGCUCCUUCCUCUGUUUCGUUGAGUUACUUGACAUGUUUGAAAUUGAAGGAUUGUUGGGGAUUAAUAAAUUUAAUGGCAUCCUCCACGGCCAAAAGCAUGGUUCAACUCAAGACAAUGAAGGUAAUCAACUGUGAUGAAAUAGAGCAAAUAAUAAGCAUGGAGGGAAGUGAAGAAGACAAAGUGAUGAAAAUUGUAUUCAGUAAAUUGAUUUUUAUAGAACUUGUGGGGUUAAAGAACCUCGCAAGCUUUUGCAGUUACAAGGAAUGUGAAUUUGAAUUUCCAUCACUGGAAAUAUUGAUUAUAAGAGGAUGCCCAAAGAUGGAAAAAUUCAGUGAAAAGAGAGUCAUAGCACCAAAGUUGAAAGAUGUAUUUGGUGUGGAAGGAGAUAAAAAAGCCAAAUGGCAGUGGAAAGGUGACUUGAUGCCACCUUACAAAAGGUUUUCAGUGAUAAGAUGCAGUGAUGCAGAGGUGAUAUUUAAUAUGAAUGAUGAGAACAGAGUGAUGACAAAACCUUCCGGAAUAUUCCGUCUGAAAAUAUUGUCUUUAGAUUGGCUACCACAACUGAAGCAUGUGUGGGACAAGGAUCCGGAGGGAGUCAUGGGCCUUCAACUGCUAAAGGAAAUGCGUGUUGAAGAUUGUAAGAGUCUUAAAAGUUUGUUUCCAGAAUCGGUAGUCAAAGAUCUUACAAGACUCGAAGUGCUCGAG